AUGGUCACACUACAGCAGAUGCGAGACUCGAAUGCCCAAAUCGAGCGUCUCCCGCCUGGCCUAGUUGCUGUCUUCGUGGGCGCCACGCGCGGCCUCGGAGAGGCGACGAUGAAACAAUUCGCACGACAUGCAAAACAACCUCGUAUAUAUUUCAUUGGCCGCAAUUGCUGGGCAGGAAACAAGAUUGCGAGAGAGCUCGAGCAACUUAAUCCUAGCGGACAGUAUCUGUACAUACGUGCCGAUGUCAGCCUGCUUCGGGUGGUUGACAAAGUCUGUUUGGAAAUCCGGCGGAGGGAGAAUGCAGUCAACCUGCUGUUUCUCAACACGAGUACGAUGCAAGACAAAACGAAAACAGAUGAAGGCCUCCCCUACCAACUCGCCGUCAUGUAUUUCUCCCGCCUGCGCUUCAUCACCAACCUUUCAUCCCUCCUAUACUCCGCAACGGGACUGCGGCGCGUCGUUUCCAUCUUCGCCGGCGCCAGAGAAGGCUGGGUCUACCGCUCGCACUGGGCCGACGAGGGCCGAGAGCUCCACAUGUCCUCUUCUCCUUGCUCACUGCACGCUAUUCCCCACUACAGCUCCUUGAUGACACUGGCCCUUGAAGCAUGCGCGAAGCGCGCGGCGGAUGAGCACCUCCGCGCCGGGCUGGGCAAUGGCUUGGUUUCGUUUGUGCAUACAGACCCGGGAGAGAUACCAAAGAAUUACUGGAGCGAUAUCCCGGGGGUGAGGGCGACGGUCUUGAGGAUGAUAUGUCGCACCGUGAUGUGGGUGAUGAAAAAUGAUUUGAAGCUGCCGAUGGAGGAGGCGGGGGAGAGGCAGUUGUUUUUCGCCACGAGCAGAAGGUUUGCGCCGAAGGAGGGCAGUAAAGAUGAGCAUGAGGGCGAUGGGGUACCCUUGGUUGAGGGAGUGACUGUGGCGAAGGGGACGGAUGGGAUCAUUGGCAGCGGGGUGUACUCUGUUGAUGUUGAAGGAGAGACGUCGGAGAGGACCGUGUCGGAGUUGAGUGAAUUGAAGAGGGGACGUUUUGCUCCACUAGUGUGGGAACAGGUUGAACGAGAGUUUGUGGCUAUCACGGGAGGUACUUUCGACAUGAACACCUGA